AUGCCGAGGUGGGCCAGUUUGUUAGCCAUUCUUCUCCUUUUCCGCAUCGUCGGAUGCUACGACGACCAGUACCGAGGGAGUCAGAUCUAUCGACUUCAAAUACCGGAAACCGCGGUGGACUCGGUUAUGGAGGCCCUGGUUUCAGGAGAAGACACCUCGGUGUACGACGUGCUUAGAUCUCCGCGAACACGCGGUGAUUAUGCUGAUGUCAUGGUGAAGUCCACGGCUCUCGAUGACUUCAAGGGGAUCAUCACGACUCACAAGGUCGACGCGCAGUUGAUAGACGAAGACGUUGAAAGGUCAAUCAGACGUGCCAAGCGUGAAAAUUCGCAGGCUUUAUCCCGAAGUCGGUCGCGGAGGUCCGUUGGAAAACGUCUGACUCAUCACGUCUACCUUCCCUUCAAUGUCGUACGAGUAUAUGGUCUUAAAUACGACACAACGAACCCCCCCCAACUGUGCAAACUUACGUUGAAUCAUCUGACAAUGUUUGAUCUUUUGAAGAUGGAGGCUGUUCUUCAUGAAAUUGCCCAGGACUACCAAUUCGUCAGUCUGGAAGAACUCGGUAAGACCGUAGAAAACAGAUCCAUUUGGCUUUUGAAGAUUUCAAUGAAUAAGUCUCUUCCGAUAAUCUGGAUAGAUGCGGGCAUCCACGCUAGAGAAUGGAUUGCUCCGGCUACGGCAUUCUACUUAAUUGACAGACUACUCUCACGUGACGGAGCGUCGAUGCUACGAAAGUACCAAUUCUACAUCGCUCCUCAAAUCAACCCCGAUGGUUACGUCUACAGCUUCUCCAGGAGCCGUUAUUGGCGGAAGAAUCGAAAUCAGACGGGACACAGUGAAUGCUACGGCAUCGAUCUCAACCGAAACUUCCCGUUUCGAUGGGGAUACAGCGGAUCCUCAUCGAAUCCGUGCAGCGACACCUUCAAGGGACUGCGUGGCGGUGACCAGGCGGAGACGCGAAGCAUCAUCACCAAGCUCAGUUCGAUAGCCAAUCAAACAAAGCUCUACCUCACGCUCCACUCCUACGGCCAGUACAUUCUGACGCCCUACGGUUUUCAACGCGGCUUGCAUCCAGCCAACUACGAUGAGUUGAUGCGGUUGGCCUUGAAGAUUAUCUACAAGGUGUGGAAAAAGUGCGGCGAUGUCUACACAACUGGAAGCUCCGCCGAUCUCUUGUACGCAGCUUCGGGCGCAUCGGACGACUUUGCGUGCGGGCAUUUAAACAUUCCUUACAUCUACACAGUCGAGUUGCCAGACGAAGGAGCCUACAACUUUCUACUCCCGCCAGCUUACAUCCCAUUGGUCGGGAAGGAGAUGUGGACAGCUCUGGGUGUCCUUGUGGAAUACAUGAAAUGA